AUGGUGGUGGUGGCACAAACUGAUUUAGUGAAGUAUAUACUUACCAGACCUAUGCUUAGGGGUCAGAUUGGUAAGUGGAUUUUGGCAUUAUCAGAGUUUUCUUUAUCCGACUUCUUGUUGCAUCAUCCUAUUGUGGAGGAUAUUGACGACCAGAAUGUGGUUGUUUCCUUUGUUCACACUCAGCCUUGGGUUUUAUACUUCGAUGGUAGCAGCACCGAUCAUUUGUCCGGAGCGGGUGUUGCAUUGGUUAAUCCCUCUGGCGUCAGACAUUGUUACUCUUUUCAGCUGGAGUGGAAGUGCACUAACAAUCAGGCAGAAUAUGAGGCCGUCAUCAUUGGCUUGGAGUUGUUGCUUGAUCUGGAGGUCACCGAGGUAGAGGUAUUGGGUGAUUCCCUCCUAGUCAUUAACCAGCUCAAGGGGGUCUACAAGUGCAACAACUUUACAUUACUCCCUUUUUGGGAACGAGCAUCGGAAUUGUUAGACCAAUUUACCGAUGUGGUGCUUGAUUAUAUUCCUCGCGAACGAAAUUUCGCUGCCAAUGAGUUAGCACAAUUGGCUACAGGCAUUCGCCUGGCAGAUGGCGUUCGUGAACGAAUUUUGAUGGUUCAGAGACGCACAUUACCUUCCUUUAUGGCAAGGAAAGAGGUCAACGAUGAGUGGUUGGUAGCUGUUGUCGACGCUAUUGAUGAGGAUUGGCGGCAGCCAAUCAUCCAGUACCUCACUGAUCCUUCUUCACCGGUGGACAAGAGGGUUAGAUAUUUCGCUACUAACUACGUCCUUCGAGGCAAUGAGGUAUUGCGCAGGGCAGAAGAUGGUGUGUACCUAAGAUGCAUCUAUGGAGCUGAGGCUAAGAGGUGCUUGCAAGAGGUUCACUGUGGCAAUUGUGGUUCUCACCAAGCCGGUCCAAAGAUGCGUUGGCUCAUUCGCCGAUAUGGUUUUUAUUGGCCUACCAUGCUCAAGGACUGCAUCAGCUUCGCACAGGGUUGCAUCGAAUGUCAAAUGCAUGGGCCAGUCCAGCAUGUGCCUGACGUGCCUCUACAACCAAUCAUUAAACUUGGCCGGGUCGCAGCUGGGCUUUAG